CCAUGUCGGACUACGUAUCGGCGUCCUUCAUCAAGGACCUCCUCACCGAGUGCCCAAUAUGUACAAAACACUUUGAUGAGGCCAGACGGACACCUCGUCGUAUGCCCUGCUGUGUACAGUCAAUAUGUCAGGCUUGUCUAGAGACGCACAGCAAAGGACUCCUAACGUUAUCAUGUCCCAUGUGUCGACAGCAACAUAAUCUGGCGGGUGGCGUGAAGUCUCUGCCCAAAGAGCCUAUCAUCCAAAGAAUCCUGGAUCAUCUGAAGAUUGUGAAAGGUCUCCAUCUGCCAUGUACAGAUUGUCCUGAUGGUAACCCUGCCAUGUCCAGAUGUGAUGACUGCUGCGUCUUCCUGUGCCAAGAAUGUAUAAAUGCCCACAAAAGACUUCAGUCUAUGCGAGAUCACAAAACUGUCAGUUUUGAUGACAUGAGGGAACGACCAGCUGAGAGCUUCUGUCGCCUCCAUAAGUGUACACAACAUCACCAGCCUCUACAGUUCUACUGCCACACUUGUGACCAGGCCGUCUGUGUGUCUUGCACAGUAGUGGAACAUGAUAAAGGGAGUGGGCACAACGUUGUGUCUGUUGAAAACGCACAUGAAAGUAAGGCUGCUGAAAAUGAAGACGUCUUGCAGAGAUUAGAUGAGAAAGGCAAAGCUCUUGAAAAAGCAGCUGAAGAUCUACAAAAGAAAUGUGACAACAUAAAGUCAACAAGAAGCACUGCCAAAGAUGAUAUCAACAAAGCCUUCACCAAUCUGAUGGAGGCAUUGCAGCAAAGGAAGACUAUCAUGUUGUCAGAAGUUGAUAGAAGGUCAGAUGAAGCUCUGAAGCCAGCAGAGGAGGCAUUGGAUUCCACAGUAACGCUGCUGACUAAAGUGAAGUCUUCUACAGAAUACACGAGACAGAUGAGAGGCAAAGCUGACAAGAUAGAGGAUCUACAAGUGAUGGGAUCUUCAGCUGCCUCUUUGAAUUCCAUCUUGGCGGAGAUACCUAAAGAUGUUGGGUUUGCCAGGAUUGGAAUCAGCUUCGUUUCUGCAUGUUUCCAGAAAAUAACAUCAUUGAUGCAGAUAGCUGGCAUUGUGCGAGUAGUAUCAUUUUCACCUGCUCAGAGACCUGACGACGUCCCUUUGAACAGGAUAUACAAUUCAAUCACUCUGGACCAAGGUACUUUGGAACAAGCAGCAGCAGCAGAACAUAUGAACCUGGAGCAUGUAGGAGGAGGUAGAAUGUAUUAUGCUGACCCGGAGUGGGACAGCAGCACUGCCAAUGCACAGCUGACGGUGUCGGGUUCUGUUGUCACAAAUGAAAAGCCUGUUCAUCCUCCUCCAGCCUCGAGUUGCCGCCUGCAAUCAAACCGUCGUGUUCUUGCGUCAACACCUCUAGUUGUCGGGAAAGGUCAACGCAUCAUGUGUGCCAUGAGGGUCACAUUCUCUGUCAUAAAGCCAGUAGAAAAAGACAAAGUUAUCUUCGAGGUAGCUUUUACUCACAGUCCUAUUGAAGCUAACACACUUCAACCAGUAGGAUUGAGUGUAACCAUAGUAACCUGUUCGAAUCAUGACGAGUACCUCUGUAUCAGGGUGGAAUACAAUGGGAAAUACCUAAGAGACAACACCCUAACUCCAAACAAGUCUGAUAUACUACACACUCUGGAUAUCUGUUUCAUACUCGAUGAAGCCAAAAACACAAUCCAUGUCCUUGACGUAAGUCACCUGAGAGUCGUCGCGAAGGUUCCUGAGGUUAUGUUUAGAGAUCCACUGUGGCUGGUGAUGUACAGUGGGCUUAAGCGUAACACACGCGUGUCCUGUGAGUUAUCGCCAAAGAGAGAAAUAGAUUUUGAAGACAAAAUAAAAAACCUACUCUCAGAGUAACGGUGACUGACCAACUGAUUAACAGGGAAAUCUUCAUUUGUUCGAUCAUUGUACCAGUGUGCAUCAAGUGACAAAUUGAACACUGGUUUAACUUGUGUAAAUAUGGUUAUCACAUGAAAACAUUUACUUAUGAGAAACUCAGAUCGCCAGAGUUUCAUUUAUAUUAUUCACACUACUACUGUGUUUGUGUGAAACAAAUUAGCAAAAUCAUAAUGACAAGUUUUAUUGCUGGAAUCAUGGUUGAGCUAUCGCCGAAAUGUUUGUAACUCACAUGCUGACUUUGUUGAGUUAACUAUGUCACCCUUAGGUUGUUCUUAUAGUCUUACAAUGAUUAUGUUAUAUACUUAAGCUACACACAUAAUGCCAACAUUUCUCUAUGCUUAAUUUGCUUUCAAGCUUUUACAAAUUUACACCUAUUUGGAUCAGUAGUAUAAGAAAUUGACUGAUUGAAUGUGUAACUGUGGAUUGAAUGGCUUGUGUAUUAUCUGUAUCUUAAUUAUGAAUGUAUUAACCGUGAAUAAUGUUUUGCUUACUGUUGCUGACUGUUUCUCAAAAAGUUACUUUUCUCAAUAAAAGCCAUAUUCUUAUCAUAUCCAGUAGUUAAAUAAACUUAUAUAGUCGGAGGAAGAGUAGUCAGGAGCUGUCUAUGAUAUUUGACAAACAUUUUUUUAUUAUGCUUGAAAGUUCUAUAUUAUAUAAAUGAGAUUCUUAGACAGAUACAUAUACAUACACAUAUACAUAUAGCAUCGAACAUCCCACUGACAUUCUGUAAUAACCGACCUUUGUUCAUAAGUAAAUUCUAGGUAAUAUGUUAAAUAAUUUCUUACAAUGAUGGUCACAGCUGAAGAUGAUUAUAUGUAAAGACCUCUGUUUCUGAUUACUUGGCAUACACGAUAUUUUCUCUCAAAACUGUAAGGGGUAUGAUUUUUCAUAUUUUUUAAAUGUUUUCUGAAAAGGAUAGUAGGUUGAAUGAAAUAAAGAAAGAAAUAGAAAAAUGAUUUUUAGAACCACAAAGGAAAGAGUUACUUGUUUUCUAAAUUGACCUGCAUGAAGUUUUAUAUAUCACUGAUAUUUUGUACUGUAGAUAUUACUAAAUAAAACUGUACAGAUUUUA